AUGGCGGAAGUGGAGGAUGAGAGCAGGAAGACCAGUGAGGAAUUCACAGAUGAGUCUGAGGAGGAGGACAGUGAGGAGGAGCCCAAACUGAAAUAUGAAAGGCUCGCCAACGGGGUGACGGAAAUUCUCCAGAAGGAUGCAGCCAGCUGUAUGACCGUGCAUGACAAGUUCCUUGCCCUGGGUACCCAUUUUGGAAAAGUGUUCCUGCUGGACGUCCAAGGAAACGUAACUCAGAAGUUUGAAAUUAGCUCAGUCAAGAUCAACCAGAUCAGCCUGGAUGAAAGUGGAGAGCAUGUGGGCAUCUGCUCUGAGGAUGGGAAGGUUCAAGUUUUUGGCCUCUACACAAGAGAGGGCUUCCAUGAGAACUUUGACUGUCCUAUCAAAGUGGUGGCUUUGCACCCUCAGUUCACCAGAUCAAACUACAAACAGUUUGUCACUGGAGGCACCAAGCUGCUGCUGUAUGAAAGAAACUGGUUGAAUCGAUGGAAGACGUCUGUGCUACACGAGGGCGAGGGCGUCAUCACAAAUAUCCAUUGGAGGGCAAACCUCAUCGCCUGGGCCAACAAUGUGGGAGUUAAAAUCUAUGACAUCAGCACAAAGCAGCGGAUUACCAACGUUUUGCGGGAUAACGUUAGCCUGAGGCCUGACAUGUACCCAUGCAGCCUGUGUUGGAAAGAUAACACCACUCUCAUUGUUGGCUGGGGCACCUCCAUUAAGAUAUGUGCUGUGAAAGAGCGAAAUCCCACUGAGAUGAGAGAUCUUCCCAGCCGCUAUGUGGAAAUAGUGUCUGCGUUUGAGACCGAGUUCUUCAUCAGUGGCCUGGCACCGCUGGCGGAUCAGCUCGUGACCUUGUUCUUUGUUAAAGAGAACUCAGAUCAAAUGGAGGAGGAGUUCCGUGCACGGCCUCGUCUCGACAUCAUCCAGCCUCUACCAGAGAGCUGCGAGGAAAUCUCCUCAGACGCGCUGACUGUGCGCAACUUUCAGGACAACGAGUGCCGAGACUACAGACUUGAGCACUCUGAGGGAGAGUCGCUCUUCUACAUUAUCAGCCCCAAAGACAUUGUUGUGGCCAAGGAGCGAGACCAAGAUGACCACAUUGAUUGGCUGCUUGAGAAGAAGAAAUAUGAGGAGGCACUGAUGGCUGCAGAGAUCAGCUUCAAAAACAUUAAGCGACAUGAAGUUCAGAAAAUCGGAAUGGCUUACAUCAAUCACUUGGUGGAGAAGGGAGACUAUGACAGUGCUGCACGGAAGUGCCAGAAGGUUCUUGGGAAAAACAUGGACCUAUGGGAAAAUGAAGUAUACAGAUUCAAGACCAUUGGCCAGUUAAAGGCCAUCAGUCAGUAUCUGCCCAGAGGCGAUCUGCGUCUCAGGCCGGCCAUCUAUGAAAUGAUCUUGCAUGAAUUCCUCAAAACUGAUUAUGAGGGUUUUGCCACAUUGAUCCGUGAAUGGCCGGGAGAGCUUUAUAAUAACAUGGCCAUUGUUCAGGCGGUCAUCGACCACCUCAAGAAGGACCCCACUAACAGGACGUUGCUCACCACAUUGGCUGAACUCUACACGUACGACCAGCGGUACGACAGAGCCUUAGAAAUCUACCUGAGACUGAGGCACAAAGAUGUUUACCAGCUGAUCCAUAAACAUAACCUCUUCUCAUCCAUAGAAGACAAGAUUGUGCUCCUUAUGGACUUUGAUAAGGAGAAAGCUGUGGAUAUGCUCCUGGACAAUGAAGACAAGAUAUCAACAGACAGAGUGGUAGAGGAACUUGGGGACAGGCCUGAGCUCCUGCACGUGUACCUCCAUAAGCUCUUCAAGCGGGACCAUCACAAAGGCCAGAAGUACCACGAGAGACAGAUCGGCCUCUAUGCCGAGUACGACCGACCUAAUCUCCUGCCUUUCCUGAGAGAUAGCACCCACUGCCCACUGGAAAAGGCUCUUGAGAUUUGUCAGCAGAGGAACUUUGUGGAGGAGACGGUCUUUCUGCUCAGCAGGAUGGGGAACUGCAGACGUGCUCUGCAGAUGAUCAUGGAGGAGCUGGGGGAUGUGGACAAGGCCAUAGAGUUUGCCAAAGAGCAGGAUGAUGCCGAGCUCUGGGAGGAUCUCAUCUCUUACUCUAUUGACAAACCACCAUUCAUCACUGGCCUCCUCAAUAACAUUGGGACACAUGUAGAUCCCAUCCUGCUCAUCCAUCGCAUAAAGGAGGGCAUGGAGAUCCCAAACCUGAGAGAUUCACUCGUCAAAAUCCUCCAGGACUACAAUCUGCAGAUUCUGCUGAGAGAGGGCUGUAAGAAGAUCCUCGUGGCCGACUCCCUCUCCCUGCUCCAGAAAAUGCACCGAACACAAAUGAGAGGAGUCAGGGUAGACGAGGAGAACAUCUGCGAAUCGUGUCAUGCCACAAUAUUGCCCUCAGACAUGGCCAAGCCCUUUAGCGUGGUGGUAUUUCACUGCAGACACAUGUUUCAUAAGGAAUGUCUGCCAUCUCCAGGAACAAUCCACGGGGUGCAGUUCUGCAACAUCUGCAGUGCAAAGAGGAGGGGGCCAGGAAGUGGAAUCCUGGAGAUGAAAAAGUAGCACCAACAUAAACGCACACACUGUAUUAUUAUUGAUGCUUCGUCUUAGCCCUUUUACUGUCGGUCCCCUGAUCAAUAAAUAUCACGUUCCCUCACUCACUGAACUGUGCACUGGAUUUGCUCUGUAUAUUGACAUGUAACAACUGUACAAUGUAAUAUUUGUUCUGCUUGCCGCUAACUCAAUUUGUUGAUGAAAUGUGUGCAGAUUGAAGAAUAAAGUGCUGUCACACAA